AUGAGGCUCUUUGAAUGGUGGAAUUCUGGGACUUCUGGGCCUCACCUCAAACUCCCAAAGUGUGUUAUUUUCUCUGUUUCUUUCCUCCAGCAAGAAAGACUCUUACAUCAGCCUUCAUUUCCCCUCUCUUCCUCUAGCUCUCGCUCUCUUUUUUUCCACUCCCAGAAAGUCCUCACGAGGAAGAGGUCAGCGCCUUCAGUACUGAAUGCCUUAACUCACAGCGGUAGAUGUGGAAUAUUUCCUGAAACUGAUGGUUUCAUAGUAUCAAGAGAAGAACUUGCAAAAACAUGUCGAAAAGGGAUGAAUGUUCUGACGGUUCAACAGAUUUUACACCAUGUCUCCUUUUUGCUGCUGGCCGCUGCUGUGCGAUGUCAAGUUAACCCAGAAAUGUGUCGGUAUCCUCUUGGUAUGACCGGUGGGCAGAUUCAGGACGAAGACAUCUCUGCAUCCAGUCAGUGGUCCGAGUCAACGGCUGCAAGAUUCGGCAGACUUGACCUGGAUAACGGAGACGGUGAUGGAGCCUGGUGUCCUGACAUCAUGUCAGAGCCAGACGGCCUCAAAGAGUACCUCCAGGUGGACCUGCGCUCACUGCACUUCAUCACACUGGUGGGCACUCAAGGUCGCCAUGCGGACGGGAUGGGUAAAGAGUUUGCCCAGAGAUACAGGAUCAAGUACAGCCGUGACGGCAGCAACUGGGUGGGCUGGCAUGAUAGGAAGGGAAGGCAGGUGAUCGAGGGGAACAGGAAUGCGUAUGAUGUGGUGCUGAAGGAUCUGGAGCCUCCGAUCAUAGCCCGGUUUGUGCGCUUCAUGCCUGUGACGGAUCACUCCAUGAUCGUGUGUAUGAGAGUGGAGCUCUACGGCUGUGAAUGGCUUGAUGGCCUGAUGUCCUACAGUAUUCCAGAGGGACAUCAAAUGAUCUACAGAGGCCUGGAUGUCUACUUUAAUGACUCUGUGUACGAUGGAGCAUCCGCUGAAAGACCAACAAAAGGCCUGGGCCAGCUGACAGACGGUACAUGGGGUCUGGGUGAUUUCCUCCACAGCCACAUCUACGGCAUGUGGCCCGGCUACGACUACGUGGGCUGGAACAACAAGAGCUUCCCUAAAGGUUACGUAGAGAUGAUCUUUGAGUUCGACCACGUCCGAAACUUCACCUCCAUGAAGGUUCACUGUAACAACAUGUUCAGCAGAGGUGUGAGGGUGUUCAGACAGGCUGGUUGUUACUUCCGCUCGGGAUCAGACUGGGAGGCUGACCCCGUGACCUUCAGGCCGGCCGUAGACCAUGUGAGCCAGAGCGCCCGCUUUGUCACUGUGUCGCUUGGAGACCGCACUGCCAAUGCAAUCAAGUGCCGCUUCCACUUCAGCGAUGAGUGGUUGCUGUUCAGUGAGGUCGCCUUCCAGUCAGGCUCAGCAGUGUACAACAAUUCUCUAACUCCUCGCAAACAUGGACACCCCACAAACACACUGCCAGGAGAUGAUCCGACUCAUAAAGUGGACGACAGCAACACCAGAAUCCUGAUUGGCUGCCUGGUGGCCAUCAUCGCCAUCCUUUUGACCAUCAUAGUCAUCAUACUGUGGAGGCAGGUGUGGCAAAGGCUGCUGGAGAAGGCAUCUCGCCGGAUCCUGGAUGAUGAACUGACAGCUCGCCUUGCAGUCCAGUCUCAGGCCUUCUCCUCCCUUCACUCAUCUCUGACCAGCGAUGGCGGCUCCACCUCCAACUCCACCUACGAGAGAAUCUUUCCUCUCUGCGCCGACUACCAGGAACCUUCACGUCUCAUCCGGAAACUACCUGAGUUUGCUCAGUCCACAGAUCAUCUUGGGCCAAUCUCCUCCCGUAAAGCUCCUGCAGCUGGUGGUUCAGAGGGAGCUCCUCAUUAUGCUGAGGCAGACAUCAUCAGCCUGCAGGAGUCCUCAGACAGCAGCACAAACUCCAUCACAGCCGUCAACAUGAAUCUGUUCGCUGGCACCGAUUCCACCAUGAGAGAGUUCCCCAGACACAAGCUCACCUUCAAGGAGAAGCUGGGAGAGGGCCAGUUUGGAGAAGUACACUUGUGUGAGGCAGAGGGCAUGCAGGACUUUCUGGAUGAGGAUUUGGCUGUAGAGGGAAACUCUGAGUCACCUCUGCUGGUGGCUGUGAAAACACUCCGGGAAGAUGCCAAUAAGAAUGCAAGGAACGACUUCCUGAAAGAGAUCCGCAUCAUGUCUCGCCUGAGGGACCCAAACAUUGUGCGUCUGCUGGCGGUGUGUGUGGACACAGACCCGCUGUGUAUGAUCACUGAGUACAUGGAGAACGGAGAUCUGAACCAGUUCCUGUGCAGCCUGAGACGUAAAGAGUGUGCGGAUGAAAAUAGAGCAGAACAAGAAGAGACAGAUGGAAAGAGUAUGGCCAGUAAACUCAUCGGCAUGGCUGUGCAGAUUGCAUCAGGUAUGAAGUACCUAUCAUCUUUAAACUUCGUCCACCGUGAUCUGGCGACACGAAACUGUCUUGUGGGGAAAAACUUAACCAUAAAGAUCGCUGACUUCGGCAUGAGCAGAAACCUGUACAGAGGAGAUUACUACAGGAUCCAGGGCCGAGCCGUGCUGCCCAUUCGUUGGAUGUCGUGGGAGAGCAUCCUGCUGGGUAAGUUCACCAUGGCCAGUGACGUGUGGGCGUUCGGUGUGACUCUAUGGGAGAUCCUGACUCUGUGUAAGGAGCAGCCGUACUCACAGCUCUCUGAUGAGCAGGUCAUUGAAAACACAGGAGAGUUCUUCAGGGACCAGGGCAAACAGGUGUACCUACCCAAGCCUCCCUAUUGUCCUGACUCAGUCUACAAUGAUCUGAUGCUGAGCUGCUGGAGGAGGAAUGCCAAGCAGAGGCCAAGCUUUCAUGAUAUCCACGCUCAGCUGACGGAGAGUCUAGCGUAGCAGACAGGACAGAUCUUCUCUCUGCCCUGCACUGCCACAUUUUCUCCCUUCAGUCUGGAAAGUCUGAAACAACCAAUGAAAUGUUUCUCAUUAGUUUUUUUGCCUACUUACCACAAUGAUGCUGUAACUGGGAAGAUAUGAGGGGUGGUAUAAACUUGAACAGAGCUUUAAAUCAUAGAUAUGCAAGUUAGCACUAUUUACACAUAUGAGUAUUUAUUGAAUUAUUUUUCUUUCCUAUGUCAUGUCUCUCUUUUGACUACUCAAUGUCAGUCUCCGGUUAUAAGAAGCAUUUUUUUUUUUUUUUUUUUUUUU